AUGACCCUUCUCUCGAUGGGUGCAUGUCACUCAACUCGAGCUCAUCCUCACCCUACCACAUUCCAUCAUCUUUAUCCGACGACUUACGCUCGUCCUUCAUAUUCGUACUCGGCCGCUCGACCGUCAAUCAUGGUAGUAGAUCAACCUGCAGUGACGAUCAACAGUGUAUCUCGAAGACGAAGGACAGGUAAAGUAGUGGUCAAAGCUGUUGAAUGUACACCUUCUGGAAGGACUACUACGAGGACUAAUGUAGAGUAUGGGAGGAAGUCGAAGUCGAAAUCCAAAGGAGUGGGAUAUAAGUAUAGGAAAUAG